GAAGUAUCGUCACUACGAUUUCCGGUUCCGCUUGCUAGGUUGCACGAGUCCGCUUGGUGUAACCGUGCGACUUCUCCCUUUCUCGAGUGUGGGGCUGGGAUAGUCAUGGACGCCUUGGAUCGAGUUAUAAAACCCAAAACAAAAAGGGCCAAGAGAUUCCUUGAGAAGAGAGAACCAAAGCUCAGUGAAAAUAUUAAAAAUGCCAUGCUGAUUAAAGGGGGAAAUGCAAAUGCAAUAGUGACACAAGUACUUAAAGAUAUGUAUGCACUGAAAAAACCAUAUGGCGUUCUAUAUAAAAAGAAAAAUAUUACAAGACCAUUUGAGGAUCAGACAUCACUGCAGUUUAAGAGACCAAGGAAGGAGGAUUGCCAGUUGCUGUUUGGAAAAAGAAUGCUUAAAAUGUAUUUUCUUCUAGGUCGCAUGUAUGACUACCAUGUGCUGGAUAUGAUUGAAUUAGGUAUUGAGAAGUUUGUGUCGCUCAAAGAUAUUAAGUCAGACUUUUUCAGAGGUCCCACAGUAUCAAAUAUUCGCCUGGCUGGAUUAGAAUAUGUUCUGCACUUCACUGCACUGAAUGGGAAGAUUUACUUUCGAAGCUAUAAGUUGCUGUUGAAGAAAUCUGGUUGCAGAACACCACGGAUUGAAUUGGAAGAGAUGGGACCUUCACUGGAUCUGGUUGUGAGGAGGACACACCUGGCGUCAGAUGACCUUUAUAAAUUAUCCAUGAAAAUGCCAAAAGCUCUCAAGCCAAAGAAGAAGAAAAAUAUCUCCCAUGAUACUUUUGGUACAACUUAUGGAAGGAUUCAUAUGCAAAAACAAGACCUAAGCAAACUACAAACUAGGAAAAUGAAGGGGUUGAAAAAACGACCUGCAGAAAGGAUAACAGAAGAUCAGGAGAAAAAAUCAAAGAGAAUGAAAAAAUAUUAGUGAAUUUAGACAGCCAGUGCAGUUUUAUUCUGGUCUCUUAAAAGAGUUGUCAAGCUUCAGUACAUUCAGUUUCUUACAAGAUUUUAUCAUAGGGCUGGGGAUGCAGCUCAGUGGUAGAGUACUUGCCUAUCUUGCAGGAUGUUUAGUCCUCAGCAGCACGCGUGCACAUGCGCACGCGCACACACACACGAUUUUAUCAUAUAUUUUUAUCAUGAUAACUAUAUUAUUAUGAACAAUAAUACAAAGUAAGCCUGUUACUUAUAUGGUUAAA